CAAUGGACCCCUUGCUUCUACCGACCCCUGGCGGCCUGGCCCAAAUGUUUCCCCAACUCCACAAAUUAUCCUCAUCUCUUCUCUUCUGCAACAAAAACCAAAUCUAGAGCUCCUCCACAAAGCUCAAGUGACAAGACUCUGCCUCGGCCAUGGAUACGUUGUCAAGCUCUGUAUCCACCUUUGGAGUCCCUGCUGCCCUCCAAUAUCCAACAUCCCGCCCAUUACAAUAUUAUCAUCACUUCAAGUCCACCAACCCAUCUCAUCACCUUCCUCCACCCCCUCACCUCUCAUCCACUACCAAACACAACCCAAUCCCCAACACACCCACACCCAUCUUCUUUCCUUCCAAGAAACUCACCUCUACUCCCUAUUCAUUCCUCUCCUCUGCGACCUCACAGUCUCCCCCUGUCCACCGGAGAGCAGCUGCCGGCUAUGCAGCAGCGCUUUUAGACGUAGCUCGGAGUGACAAUUCCAUUGAAGCAGUUGGGAGGGACAUCAAAAGGUUGAGGAAACUGCUGCGGAACGGGCAGCUCGGGGCUGUCAUGAUUGACCCUUUCAUGAGCGCAAGGGAAAAGAAACGCAUAGUUCAGGAAGUUGUAGCGAAGGGGAAAUUUCAUAAGUACGUAGUGGGCUUGAUGACGAUGUUGGUUGAGAGGAAUAAGCUGGAAAUAGUAGGCGAGAUGUUAGAGGAAUUUCGGAGGAUUUAUAAUGAGUUGCGUGGGAUUACUCCCGUUGUUUUGGUUUCGACGAAGAUUGAAGAAGAGAAUAUGUUGGGAAUAGCUAAAAGGAUGCAGAAGCUUAGUGGGACUAUGAAGAUGAAGGUGAGGCAGCAUUCGAUUGAUGAGAGCUUGCCUUCACUUGCUGCAUAAAUAAACUUCAUGCAUGGAAUUAAUAUCUCUGCAUGUUGCAGUUAAGCAUGCAGCUUCUUAAUUAAUGUCGUCUUCAUUAAAUUAAUUUGUAACUGGUUUGGAACUUGGACUGAUGGCUAGGUCUAAAACGCUUGCCAAGUCCAAAAAAGUGUUGUCUAGGAGAGAGAAUUAAUUUCCAGUCUCCAAAUUAGAUUUGUGUGGAUGUGAAAUGAAACUUUAUAUAUAUAAAAUUUAUGAGCGUAUAGGUAACA